GGCUUUCCCCAGAGUAACUCGGGAUUCCGCUGAUUUCGGGUACGCCGUCCCUCUUCUGUGUGGCCUUGCUGGAGACGGGAACUCUUUUCUUCACGGUUGCGCUAAGGGGGGAAAAAAGCACAGCCUACGUUCUGGGGGCCCCCUCUGCCGUCCCCCACGUCGGGAAAGCCUCAAGUAAGGGGUGGGCUCGCUCACGAAGGUGGAUGCCCCCUCCUGCCCGUGCGCUGUGGCAUUUCAGAAUUUAUUUUGGCCCCAGUUUGUCUGCUGUACCAGGACCGGCAGGUCCUCGUUGACUCUUAAAGCCAACUGGUUUUUUCUUUUCCUCCCUGCCGCAGGGUUUUAUUGCCUUUAUCAGCGAAGGUUCGGUCCCGACUGUUCCUUACUCUCUGAGCUCUCCUCCCCAAAAGCUCCCCAUCCCCUUUUGUUUUUAAAAGAAUCUCAGCUCCUCCUUUUUCUUUUCUAUUUUUUUUCUUUCUGCUCUUAAAGGGCCAGUCUGCCUUAGACUUACAAGGCUCUGGAAGGAUGCUUAGUUGGAUGCUGGUUAUCCAACCAGUGCGCUUGCAGACAAAGGCGCUUAGGCCCAGAGAGCGGACACGACCUACCAAAGGUCACUGAGCAAGUCACCAGUGAAACCAGAUAUUGAACCUAGUGUAUUUAUAUAGCUCUACUUAAAAAAUAGUAAUAAUGAUCAUGAAAAAAAACAACAACAACAACAAACACCACACGGACAGGAGCUCUCUCUGAUCCUGUCUUUUGUUUGACUCUGGAAUUCUGUACUGAGAGAAUGACCAGAACUUGCCUGUGUAGUCUUUGUGGGCAGGAGAACAUUUUCUAAAUAAAAAAUGAUGAGCCAGCUCUGCAGGGAGGGUAAGGUAGCGCUCUGGAUGUUGUUUCCACACAUUGUAGGAACACUAGGAGGUUGGUGGGACCCAGAAGUGCCCACUUUUCCGAUGGCUGGGCAGUAACCAAGUCCCUGCCAGCCCAGAUGAGAUAAAAGCCUAGAAAGACUUAAUGGGUUUGCUGGUGGUGAGUGCUCCUCUGUUUACACUGACUACUAUGUUCAGUAGUCCCUCUGGUGGCUCUCCUACUUUGCCUUUUCAGGGCCAUUGGGCCCCCUCAAUUCUGGGGAGGCCUGCAUCUGAGAAACUCCUUUCCUGGAAGUGUUGACAGCUUUGUCUUAGGUGUCCGUCCCUCCAGUGGGAGAGCUGACAUUUCCCACCUAUCCCUAAACUGGUAUUUACAGGAGGGCAUAUUUGAGGUAUUGGGCAAAGGGACCUUUGGGUGGGGCCCUUCUGGUGGGGCCUCAGGUGUGUGGGUCUUUGCACAGAUCUGGGUGCAGACAGAUGCCUUUGUUUCACCCUCCCACUGCUUUCUCCACUCUGGCUGUAACUGGCCAGUCUGCUGACCUCCUAGCUUUAAUCCUCCCUGUACUGUGUAGAGUGGCACCCUCCCUGGCCUUCAGUGAGGAGCUUGCACCCUACACACAUCCUUUUGUUCUCAUCCUCUCACUGGGUCCCUGCUCUUUGUGAGGGGUGUUUUGACUCCCUCAUCACCGCUUCCCUUUCAUUGCUCUUGCCACCCCUUGCUUGCCCUAAACUCCCCUCCCCCACCUCCCUUUCUCAUGCUUCCAAAUCAAAGCCUUGGGUUCUUUCCCUGAAAAUUGGAGAUUGAGAAUGUGUCUCCCUUUUCCCUUCUUCAGGACAAGCUCUUCAGCUGGAAGGGGGUGCCUUGGGGUCCUGGGGGAGUACCCCCCUACCCUCCUCCAGGGCCAGGGGACCAGCAUCUUCAGGCAGGAAAUACUCAGAUCAUUGUGAGGCUCGGGCCUCGAGGCCCGGAAAGAGCCGCAUCCCUGGCAGGGACCAUCGGCGCUACUACCACGACCACUGGAGACUGGAGUACCUGAUGGAUUUCAUCCCCUCCCGGCACGGCAUGGUGUGUAUGGUUUGUGGCAGCUCCCUGGCCACCCUCAAGCUCAGCACCAUCAAGAGGCACAUCCGCCAGAAGCACCCCUACUCCCUACAUUGGAGUACCCGGGAAAAGGAAGUCAUCAGCAACAGCUGGGAUGCCCACCUGGGGCUGGGGGCCUGUGGUGAGGCUGAGAGCCUAGGGGCCCAGGGGGCUGAGGAGGAGGAAGAAGAUGAAGAGGAGGAGGAGGGGGCCAACCUUCAAGCUUGCCCACCCAAGGGCCCAGGCAAAGCCCCAGCUGGUGGGGGCUGCCGGCGCCAGCGGCGAGGGACUCGAGGGGGCCCAGUGGCACCUCGGCGCCGGCGCCUGGCAGCCUCCCGAAGGGCUGGGGGCAGCAGGGGGCUGGGGGCCCGGCGCCUGGAGCGGAGGCUGAAGGAGUCCCUGCAGAACUGGUUCCGGGCCGAGUGUCUCAUGGACUACGACCCACGGGGGAAUCGGCUGGUGUGCAUGGCCUGUGGCCGGGCACUGCCGAGCCUGCACUUGGACGACAUCCGUGCUCACGUGCUGGAGGUGCACCCCAGCUCCCUAGGGCUCAGUGGCCCCCAGCGCAGUGCCCUGCUGCAGGCCUGGGGUGACCAGCCUGAGGCUCUCUCCGAGCUCAGCCAGUCCUCACCAGACGAUGACCUCGUCCCCCAGGACCUGACCAGAAAGAGCCGGGACUCCGCCCCCGCUGCUGGAGCCCCCUCCUCUCAGGAUCUCAGCCCCCCAGACGUAAAGGAAGAGGCUGGCUGGGUGCCUGAGAGGCCCGGGCCGGCAGAGCAGGAGGAGGAGGCCGAGGAGGGCGAGGGAGAGGGCCAGAGGGCAGGCAUCUCGGUCCGGCCUCGGAGGGGCCGAGACCAUCGCCGCCACUACCAGGAGCGCUGGCGGCUGGAGUACCUCAUGGAGCUGGACGGUUGCCGGCGCGGCCUGGUGUGCAUGGUGUGCGGGGGCGCGCUGGCCUCGCUCAAGAUGAGCACCAUCAAGCGACACAUCCGCCAGCGCCACCCGGGCUCCACCAGCCUCAGCGGGCCAGUCAAGGCCCUCAUCGCCCAGGAAUGGAGCGAGAAGGCUGCACACCUGCUGGCCCUGGGGCUGCCCAGCCCGGAGUCCCCCAGCGACCCUGUCGCCCCCAGCACAGCCUCAGCCUCUGAGGAGGGGGGAGGGGCAGAGGAGGCGGAGCCAGAGGAGGAGUGGUGGGGCGACGAGCCGCUGUCCCCCGGGGCUCCAUCGGAGCGGCCCGCCGAAGAAGAGGAGGAUGAAGAUGACCAGGAGUCCGGGGGGCUAGCCUUUCCGCCGCUACCACUGCCACCGCCGCCACCUCCCCCGCCACCGCCGCCUCGCAGCCGGGAGCAGCGGCGCAACUACCAGCCGCGCUGGCGGGGCGAGUACCUGAUGGACUACGACGGCAGCCGGCGCGGCCUGGUGUGCAUGGUGUGCGGGGGCGCGCUGGCCACGCUCAAGGUGAGCACAAUCAAGCGACACAUCCUGCAGGUGCAUCCCUUCUCCAUGGACUUCACCCCAGAGGAGCGCCAGACCAUUUUGGAGGCUUACGAGGAGGCGGCACUACGCUGUUACGGCCACGAGGGCUUCGGACCACCGGCCCCGGCGCCGCGGGACGGCAGUGCGGACCUCAAGCCGGGGGCGGCCUGUCGCGCGUAGCACUCACUCUGCGCUGGCCUGGCCCUUGGGCUGAGAGACCCUGCAGUCAGGCGCUGGGUUUCCCCGCUGGCCGGGCUGGGUUGGGGUUGGGAAGGCGUUGCCGGCGCACACUGGCCUGAGGGUCUCGGCACUCUUAGCGCAGGGCCCCGCGCUUCUCGAAAAGCCAAAGCGCCUCUCCAGCGUUCACAGCGAACGCUCCCGACCACGCCCAAAGGCGCAGCGCUGCCAGGCCGGGGUAGGGGUGCCCGCAGUCAGUAUUAGGGCGCAGGGAAGUCAGGAAAGACGCGCUGGCCGCUCGCCCUGGCCGGGGGCCCCGUUCUAUGCGGCCUUGCACGACCGCGGGUGCGGCUCUCGGCUCCCAGGCGCUGCUGUGGGAUCCGAAUUGGUGUUCUUGGCCUCUCAGAGGCCCAGGCGGCGGACUGGGGUAAAGCAAGGAGCAGGAUGUGGGCGGGCGGAACGACGGGGCCCAGUCAGCAGUGCCAGCUUCCCGGGCUGAUCUAGGGGACAGCACAUCCCAUCCUGGGCCACUGCCAUGCCUUUGGGACCUGGGUCAUAAAGGGAUUAGCACUUUUCCUUAGCCUGCCUUGCUCAGAGAGCUUCUGUUACCCACUCAGUGAAAGCGGCGGGCGCGCUCUUGGUCCAGCGCCAGCAUCCUGAGAGCUCAGAACACUGGGGCGGUUGGUCUCUGUUACUGCCACCUCUGAACGUGAUUUGUCUUCAGUGGGUGCAACACUAGUUCUCAGCUCCCAGGGCUUGGGGCCCGGCCUUGGCCUCUGUUGCUCUUACUCAUGGUGCCAGAAGGGCCCCUAAUCUCCCAGGCAGGUCCGAGAGGGAUGUGUAGAUUCAUUCUCCCGUGGAGAACAGGUGGUCCCGAGAUCAGGCCCUUUUUUGCUCUUUGUAUUUUAUUUUGAAACUGUAUUUAAUGCUUUUUAUAUGAAAGGGAGAGGGGGAACUGGCCCAGUCACCCUUAUGUGCAAAUGUCUUAUUUAUUAUGCGUGUAUCAGAGAUAAGCUGUGAGGUGGUGGAGGGAGGAUAGAGAUGGACUUGUGGCGAGGAGAUUGGAGAAUACUAAAUAUCCCAUAUUCACCUGGCCUUGUUUCUAGGUACAGUGUCUGCUCCUCACAGAGGGAAGCCGCUGCAGGCACGGUACCCUCCUUUUAAAGCUAGGGUGCGGUGGUCAGGAGAUGGGACUUGGGAGGGGCCCUGGGUUCUGGGGCCAGGGCAGUCCGUGGUGAGAAAAUAACAAGGAAUCCCUUCUCUCACCAGCCAGAGCCAGAGCUCAAGGUUCAAGUGCCUCAGGCCCAGUUCCCUAGACUGACUGGUGGAGAGUUGGAUUUUAUACCAUGGAUUUUAUAGCAUUUUUAUAUAAUUCAAGAUGGUCAGUGGGAAGGUACCCUGGAAAUCACAAAUUGAUCCCUUUUAGAGAGAGGAGCAAAAUUUCAAAACCCAGAAAUUAUUACUUAGCCAGCUAGGUACAGGUCAAGAACUAGAAUUAAAAUCUCGACUUCUAGUUCAGUGAGCUUUGCACUAUAUUUCACUGCUUCCAAUCUGGCAAGUUACAAGAUUUCUUUACCCAUUGGGCACUGCAGGCCCACAGCCCUUGACUCCUGAGGGGAGCAAAGCAUUGCACUUCCUGGGAAUGAGGAUGAAGGCAGCUUUCUGCACUGCAGGCCAGUGAGGGUGUGUGAGUCGGGGUGGGGGACAGGACUCCAGGUGUGGCCUACCUCUUCUACAGAAUAAGGCUCACUAUCAAUGCUUUUUUUGACGCCAUCACACAUUCUGGAACUGGAACGGCUGCUGGUUCAGUUAAAAUUCCAGUUUUGCCCAGCCAGGGUUUUGGAGACAGUAUUAAAAUCCUGAGAACAGAGAUUAUGGAUUGUGCCAGGCUGGGCGCUGACCCCCCCUCCCUUUUUUAAUCCAUGUUUUUAAACUGAGAGUGAGUAUUCUCUCCCACCUCUACACUAUCUUUUAGAAAUAGUAGGCAAAAUUGGAGCUGGUGAUUGUCAUCGCCAGAGCUCACUGCUCAAGUGCAGGUUAGCUGGGGCAGAAGCUAGAAAUGGUUUUCCCCUUGAGAGGCAGCCUCAGACUAGCAUCAUUUUAGGCACUUGCCAGAGACAGAUCCUGGGUCCACCUGAUUAACCACAGUGCAUUCUGAUCGACCUUUCCCAUACAGUUGCAUCUUCCCAGGUGGUUGUCUGGCAAGUACCUCUGCAGUGAUUCUAUCAUGAGUGGACCUAGGACCUCAGGGGUCAAAGGGAUGGUGGGUCUCCUUCUCUCGGGAUUCUGAUUAAACAGGUGAAAUUCCUUCAUUGUUUUGUUAAUGGUAUGCUUGCUAUUAUGGCCCAUAUGUAAAUGUUACUCUGGAUACAUAUUUAUAUGCCAUGUUACUUAGUGACACUAUUCAAACAUUUGUAUGUGUAUUUGUGAAGUUGUUUGCAUCAGUCAUUUAAAAAGUAUUUCAGCCUAAGUUUUCCCGAGAGGUAUGCUGAAUAAAAUCUUAAAAGUCUAGAAUGAGUCACAGCCAACUCAGUUUUGGGGCAGAGCAAGUCAGAUGAGUUCUGAUGUCAGACCAGAUGUGCCAUGACCAGCUCAGUUUUAGCUUUUGGCUGUGUGUGGCCUAUAGGCUGCUUCCUGUGGUAAGUGGGGACCCUUCCCAUUCCCAGGGUGGAGGGGCUGAACCAGGCCCUUUCACUCAGGUCACUUCUAAGGUCACCAUUUAUAGGGUCUCCACCCCAUUUUAGAAACCAAAUGUGGUGCAGCUUUGCGCAGUGCCGUGGGAAUCCUUGCAAUCUUGGGAGUUCUUUUAGGAGUUCCUGGAAUGAAGGUGAGAUUAAGUGAAAGCCUUUUGCGCUCACUUCACUCAAACCAUGUGAGAAGAAUAAAGUUGCAGACUGAUGAGACAGUCACUGUGUUCUUUAUUUAUAAUUAAUACAUCAAUUUGCAGUUUUACAGGGACCGAAAGAGCUCCUUGAGGCUACUGUAUUUUUAUGUUGCACGCACAGACACGUACACAAUUUCAUUAAUAACUUUUUCAUCUAUAGAUUUUUCUUUAAAAAAAAUUCCUGUGUGGCACAAAAAUCUUUCCAAUUAUUUUAACACAGCAGCAACAAAGAAAAGAGCCAGGUGUGGAGGCUUCCAGUGCAGAGCGGGGUCCCUUGUUGGGAGACCCCAAAGACCAUCAGUGCAUUCACUUCAUGGGAGGGCAGAGGAUGGCGAUGGAGUGUUUUCUACAAUGGAAACCAAAAAUUCAAAAUAAA